GAGUCAUGGACACAGGAAAUGCUGAAAAUUAAACUAUAGCUGUUUUUUCUGUUAAGACCAGAAACGGAAGUAAAACUUCUAGUCCACAAAAAGCUUGACACGCGCUGCGCUGUGUAAAUAUCCCGAAAGAUAAUCAAUGGAGACAAGGGGAAGCUCGACUUGCAUGUUGCAACUCUGUCAGCAUCACAGCUACUGUUUCAUUCCUUCCCUUUCCUGCCAAUUUGCUUAGUUAUACAUCAUGCAGCACUUCGCCAUGUUUGGUUAUUACUUGCUCGUGCAUGUGUAUGCUCCUGCGUGCUACUAUUAGACAGUGAGGCGAUCUCUUCCUUGUCUCUACUGCGAUAUGGGAGAGAACAGAAAGAUCAUCCUGCCAAGGCUAGUGGCAAGCAAGCUACUGCACCGCCAACAGCUGCAUAGUCACGGAUCCGUCUCUGAGGUAUCUAGCUUGUUGGAUGAAACCUUGGGAAAGGGACCCUUGACUGGACAGAAGGAUACGCAGAUCAUAUACAGGGUGUUUGCUAGUACCUGGAAUGUUGGUGGCAUCUCGCCAUCUGAUGAUCUAGGCUUGGAGGAUUGGUUGGAUACAAGAUCCAACUCCUACGACAUCUAUGUUCUUGGGUUCCAAGAGAUAGUGCCACUCAAUGCAAGAAAUGUGCUUGGUCCUAUGAAGAGCUAUAUAUCCAAAAAGUGGAACUCACUAAUCGGGGAGGCACUCAACCAAAAGAAAAGAAAGGAAGGGGCAGAGUUGCACCAAGCAACUACAAACACCAGUGCAAUGGAGAGCUCUGAGCAGGGAGAAGGCUUCAGAUGCAUCAGGAGCAAGCAGAUGGUCGGCAUCUUUACCUCAGUAUGGGUGAGAAGCUACCUUCGGCCAUUCAUUCACCAUCUGGAUGUGUCAUGCAUCGGCUCGGGUAUCAUGGGCUACCUAGGGAACAAGGGUUCUGUUUCAAUCCGAUUCGUGUUGCGUGAGACGAGUUUUUGCUUCGUUUGUUGUCACCUGGCUUCUGGUGGUAAAGAAGGGGACGUGCUGCUGCGGAAUUUGGAUGUCGCGGACAUACUUGCAAGGACGAGAUUCCCUGGUGGUGCAACUCAGGAAUUGCCAGAGAAGAUCCUUGAUCACGAUCAAGUAGUUUUGCUCGGUGACUUGAAUUAUAGGAUAUCCUUGGAACAGGCCGAGACGAGGUCGCUGGUGAAAGCCAAGAACUGGGCCAUCUUGUUAGGAAACGAUCAGCUGCUGUUCGAGUUCUCGAGGGGUCGGUAUUUCGAAGGAUGGCAAGAAGGCUUGAUCACCUUCUCCCCCACCUACAAGUACCACCCGAACUCCGAUCAGUACUACUGGUGCUUCGACGGCAUCCAGGGCGAGAAGAAGCGUGCGCCGGCAUGGUGUGAUCGUGUUCUUUGGCGCGGCAAGGGCCUGAAGCAAGUCCAAUACGAGACGUGCAACUACAGGUUAUCCGACCACCGGCCGGUGAGAGCGGUUUUCCAUGCCGAAUGCGAUGUAUCAGAGGGGCUGCACAAGUAAACGGCCUGAAUCCGCUCUGAGCUCUGCAAUCGACUGAUGGUCUACGAAUAGAAAGCGUGUGCCAUUCAACCAAAGAGUGCAGGAAGAUUAGAGCAAGGGAGAAAUCAAGAUGAUGAAGUUUCUCCUGAAAAGAGAAAUCAAGAUGAUGAAAUUUCUCCUGAAAAGAGAAAUCAAGUUGACAGGGUAUGUUAUUUGGACAGAGUAACGGGGUACAAGAAUACAUAUUCCGAGGAGAGGUGAAGAGUUUUAUUUACUCUGUUAUUAGUUCUGUACAAAUUCUUUUGUCUCGUUUAAAAUUGCCCUUCAGGGCUUCAGGCUUAUUUUGUACAUCAUUAUCCUUUCUCUGGAAGAGUACCGGUAUCUGUUCACUUUUUUACCUCUAAAAUAGGUAGCUGUACAUUCUGUUUCUAACACGUGUCGAAAGCUCAGCUGGUUGGAUCAACUAUAGGAGAUAC